AUGAUGCUGUCCUCGUCGUCUUGGACCACGAGCCUCCUCUUGACUCUCGCAACGCACGCAUCUGCUGCGCCUGCCGCAGCCUCAUCAACGCCUGGGUCCAACUCUGCCAACUCGCUUCCUGGCUCUUUUACAUACGGCCCCAAUACCAGAGACGGUGCAAAGAGUCUGAACCAGAACUGGUACAAUCGCAAGACUGGCUUAUGGGGUGAGCUUUGGUGGAAUAGCGGCAACGCCCUCACCACUAUUUCCGACUUUGCCAGGCUCAGCCCAGUCUUUUCGCUACCGAUCAACCCCUACGAUAUCAUUGAAAACACUUUCAACCAAGCUCAGCAUGUUGAUGUCCAGACGGCAAAGUUUCUAAAUUUUGACAAUGGUGGCAUGGUGGAAUCUCACUACUGCAUCAACGGCACUGGUGUCUGUGCUACGAAGCGAGAUGGUUCCCUGGCCAAACGAGGAUUCAAAAACUUUCUCAACAACUUUUACGACGACGAAGGCUGGUGGGCCCUUGCACUCAUCCGCGCUUACGACGUUACAUACAACAAAAAGUACUUGGAUGUCGCCGUCACCGUAUUCGAGGACAUGAAGACUGGUCUCGGUGGUCCCUGCAAGGGUGGCAUCUACUGGAGCAAGGAUCGAGAAUAUGUCAAUGCAAUUGCAAACGAGCUUUACCUUUCCGUGGCUGCAUCACUCGCAAACCGCAUUCCGAGCGAACCGGAUUACCUGAAAACAGCUCAAGAUCAGUGGACUUGGUUUUCCAAGAGUGGCAUGAUUAAUUCAGACAAUCUGAUAAACGAUGGUUUGGAUGGCGAUUGCAAGAACAAUGGCCAGGCGACUUGGACCUACAACCAAGGCGUCAUUCUCGGCGGCCUAGUCGAACUGUCCCGCGCUGCUCGUGACGAGAGCCUUCUUGGCGAAGCAGCCAAGAUCGCAAAAGCGGCAAUUGGCAAGUUGUCCAAUAAAGAUGGCGUUCUUGAGGAAAGUGGAGGUUGUGAAUACAAACCUGGUCGGUGUGGUCAGGACGGGCAGCAAUUCAAGGGAGUCUUCAUCCGUAACUUGGGCUACUUGCAACAGGCUGCGCCCGAUUCACAAUUUCGGUCUUUCAUUCUCACCAAUGCCAGAUCCAUUUGGAAGAAUGAUCGCGAGACCAACUCCAAUAAGCUUGGCGUCGCCUGGGCGGGCCCUUACUAUAAUGCUACGAGCCCGUCACAAAGCAGCGCUCUGGACGCGUUAGUUGCGGCGAUGGCCGUGGCAUAA